AGAACCGUCAAGAUACGCUAUUCUGCAAGAUGGCAUACACCAAUUCCUCCCUCACACUCCCCCAAUGCCCAGAAAUGCAGAAAAUCUACUAGGGUUCCAGAUGUUCUUCGUGUGCAUCGUUGAUGCCGCCAAGCAGCAUGACUCAACGAAUCGUGCGCUUCGAGAAGAAAUCUCACGACAUGAUGUUUCCGCCCUGUCGCAACAGGGGCUGCUCCAUCAAGUAUGGGCAAUUCUCGAACCACACGCAAACGGAGGACCUCCGAUGGAGCGGGACGACUGGACGAGAGUUCUAUCCAUUCCUGCGCUGCGUGAGUGGAUUAUUAGUUCCCCACACCCCAUGGGCACGUUCCAGAAUCUCAUUCGUGCCGAUGUUGCCGAGGAACUUGCGAAGGCAUACGAGGUUCCAUUCCAGUCGGAUGCACGGGAGGCAUUCGUCCAGGAGCUGUACGCUAUUGACAAGGGGCUUCUCACUGACGAAAAAGCGAAGAUAUACGGCCGGUGCGUGAGCAUCAUCAACUCAUCUGGUGUUGGAAAGUCUAGACUUGCUGGGCAGCUUGGCAUCGGCAGGGUGGAGGAUCCAAUCUCGACUAACGAGCCUUGCCGUCCGGAGGAACCGCUGUUGGCAAUACCUGUCAAUCUGCGUGGCGCCAAUGCACCCGGUUGGCCUCCGGGAGAUGACGCCGUGCGAAGUUAUUUCGAAGAUUCCUCAAGAAACGAUAGCGGCUCUGCAUCGGGCCAUGUCCGUUGCGCUGCUUUCCUUGGAGCCGCGCUCUCCCAGGCCUUGGGCUCUCUAAAGGACAUAGUAAAGAGCAACCCUACCAUAGGCUAUGUUGAGCUUAUACGAACAUGGACCGAGCGAAUGGAAGGACGAGAUCGCACUUAUCGCAAUGAGUUUUGGAAGAGGGUUAUAGCAGCUAUUCAUGAGUCUUCUCCAGUGACAAAGUCGUCCCGCUCCAGCCCUAAGCGGAAGGACCCGCAGGACGAGGAGUACAACAAAACGAUCGUAACAAUUGCCUCGGAUUGCCACGCGGAAUUUAUCACCAAGCCUCGCAAUGACCUGUUGGCGUACCUGCAAGAAAAGCGCGGUCAGCGCGUUCAAGUCAUCAUCUACUUCGAUGAAUCGGCCAUGCUCGACGAGUUCUAUUGGAUUUUAUUGCGCCUGACCAAUCGGCAACCGCAGGAAGCGCCGCUGUGGCUGAUGUUCAUGGCGACUAAUGGACGCAUCAAGGACUACAUGCCACCUUCGCAAGAUAUCAACUCAGCCAGGCUCUUUAACGAGACGAUGCAGCUGAUCGACCCGUGGUACUAUCUUGGAUGGGAUCAUUGGUCUCAGUUGGCAAGCAAAAGCCGCACGAUGAUGGCCUUGCUAUCUUGGUUGCACGCAUCAUAUUACGGACGUCCCAUCUGGUACGCUCACAAGAACAGUAACCCCUAUCACGAUAUUCUUGAGCAAGGCACGCUCAAGUUGUUUUGUGGUGUCAAAUUCGAUCCACACAAUAUCGACGCAGUCUUCGCUGCAUUCUCGGUCAUAGUCAUACUCGACCUUGUUCUGCACACGGAAGUUGCUGCUACCAUGGCAGAGCGAGCGGUCGCAAGUCAUAUGCGACUGUUCGACGGCGUGGAACGGUUUCCGGAAUUGGCGUACCAGACGCAUACGCCCGGGGAACCGGUACUAGCGCUCUGCGCCGCAUACAACCUCUUCGAGUCGGUCGACACAUUCAGCACCGCUUUCCGUACGCUGGUCGCACAAUUGGCCCAAGGGAACCUAAUACCCAAAGGGGACAUCGGGGAGCUAGCCGCACGUCUCCUUUUGUAUUGCCCUCGUAUAGUUGCGGCCAACUGGCCGGACAGCGGCCGCGAACCGCCCAAAUACGUUGGCAUGAUCGUAUGGCUGGAAGCUCUCCUUGGUCCGAAGCUAGAUGACAAACUCAGAAAGCAAUUCGCGGGACACCACAUCAAUUUUACGCAUUGGCUAGCCACCAAAGAGGCUAUCCCAUGGGCCUCGUUGACGAGGAAACAGCUGGCUAACUGGUGGGCGAGAGGAUGUGCCCUACAGUGCUGCCCGAACCAGGAAUCCUUCGACGCUCUCGUCGUGAGCUACACCAGCUCCGUAGAAGACAACGCCAUCUUCGAUCCGGAGCUGGUAUGCCUCAACUACAUACAGGUCAAGUUCAAACAUGAUCCGGAUUACAAGGCGAUAGACAAGAUGCAUGCCACUAGCAUGGCGAUCCAACCGGAGCUGUCGAAUCAGCCACACCUGGGCAUCCUGAUGGAGCUUGGCACCGAGGCACGCUUCCAGGACAACAACUUGUUUGUCCGCAUGACGGAACCUGGCCUUAGAUCGACUCGCACAAUAUCAACUAAAUCAAAGCCCGGGAAGAACUCGAUCGGCACUAGCUCUGCCGUGCUCGGCGAUGGACAGAUGUGGACCAUCGAGAUCCGUGGCAAUACCGCUGAGACCUACUCAAUUCUGAAUCACCUGCGCAUAGCGGACACGUUCCGCACGAUGCUCAAAUGCUUCGAGCCAUCGGUGAUGCCGCGAUCUGAAAGAACCCGUCCCUGCUAUCGAUUUACUGGACCGUCAGUGGAGUGGAUGGCUGAUUACGAACGAGACAGUUUCAGCCAAGGUCAAAGCGUUGCGGAUGUCGAGAUGGACGACGGAUGAUGUGUUCCUUGCUGCACGUGAAGCUGUGCCGUCACAAUGAAGGAGGAUUGGGAACUGAAUGAAGUCGGACUUUCAUACGUGUACAAUAUGUAAUUACACUGAUCAAGAUCGCACAAUGUUAUA